AAGUAGUCUUUUCAUUGAUGUCUAUCUCAUACCAAAACAUUUAUACACUAGCAGCACUUCCCAAUAAUUGUUGAACUUCUGCUCAUGUAAGCCCUAAUUAAGCACUAUGUCUCAUUCCUCAAACUGGUCCCACUUUUCAUACCAUCACCUUCCUAUAAAUUCAAUCCAUUUCUCAUACACCAUUCUUCAGUUCUCUUAUCAUAUCAAACUCUUAGCAUAUUAUUUAAUUUCCAACUAUACCCUAUAAAAUUCUAGCCAUGGUUCCUAGUGAGAUGAGAGGAGUCAAUUAUCUAACUCCUCUUGAGAAUUCAUUCCAUGUUCAACCAAACUUUGUAUUGCCACAGAAUGAAAUUCCAAAUUACCAUCUAAGUAAUAUUUUAGGUACUUUACCAAACUUCCAUUACCCAUCAGCAGGCCAUGAUCAAUUUGCUCCACCUUCAUGUUUAAGUAGCAACUCAACUACUUCUGAUGAAGCAGAUGAACUUCAGUUCAAUAUCAUCGACGAAAGGAAGCACCGACGAAUGAUAUCAAAUAGAGAAUCAGCUAGGAGAUCAAGGAUGAGGAAACAAAAGCACUUAGAUGAACUUUGGUCACAAGUGGUGAGACUCAGAACUGAAAAUCAUAACCUUGUUGAUAAACUAAACCAUGUGUCUGAGUCACAUGACAAAGUUGUUCAAGAGAAUGCAAGACUUAAGGAAGAAACUUUUGAUCUUCGCCAAAUGGUAGCUGACAUGCAAAUUGGUAACUCUUUUCCUUGCAACAUGGAAGAUUUAUGUGAAAUUCCAUGCAACACAUCUCAACACAAAGAUGAUGAUUCCUCUAAAAUUCAUGAUUGAGAUGACACUAUUUUCAUGUUUCCAUUAUAACGAUGUUGCUUCUUUUAAAUUUUCUAUGAUCCAUUUACUUGUCCAUUCAUUUGGACAAGUAUGAGUUUUAGAAGCAUAAAUAUGAAAUAAAAGCUUUAGAUAUUGAUGUUCAUUACUUGA